GCCGUAAUCGCCGCCCAGAAGGCAGGAAGGCGGGUGUGCGAGGAGCUGCUAUGGUGCUUAGUUCCUCCGCAGAGCCGACCGAGACACGGCGGUCGCGGCCAUGAAGAGGGGAGAGACUUUCUAAUUCAUCCUCUAGGAAGAAACAAUACAGGACAAACACUUUAUGCUACCAGAGAAAGAAGAGGAACAUUUAUGUUGCAUUAUUCACAGUAAUCAAGAUAUGAAAACCUACGUGUCCCUUGGUGGAUGAAUGGAUAAAGAAGAGGUGGCGGGUGCCACGUCUAUGUGGGCUUCAUGCUGUGGGCUGCUGAAUGAAGUCAUGGGAACUGGAGCUGUCCGGGGCCAGCAGUCAGGAUUUGCAGGAGGUACCGGUCCAUUCAGAUUUGCACCAAACUCUGAUUUUUCCACUUACCCACCAGCACCUACGGAAGGGCCUAACAUAGUUUGCAAAGCCUGUGGACUUUCAUUUUCAGUCUUUAGAAAGAAGCAUGUAUGUUGUGACUGCAAGAAGGAUUUUUGCUCCGUUUGUUCAGUCUUACAAGAGAAUCUUCGCAGAUGUUCCACAUGUCACUUACUACAAGAGACGGCCUUUCAGCGCCCUCAGUUAAUGCGACUAAAAGUCAAGGAUCUCCGGCAAUAUCUCAUUCUUCGAAAUAUCCCAACUGAUACCUGUCGAGAGAAAGAAGACUUGGUGGAUUUGGUACUCUGCCACCAUGGGCUGGGCUCUGAGGAUGACCUGGACACGAGCAGCCUCAAUUCCUCACGGUCCCAGACUUCUAGCUUUUUUACAAAUUCAUUUUUUUCAAACUAUACAGCCCCUUCUGCUACCAUGUCUUCAUUUCAGGGAGACCUUCUGGGUGGAGACCGGACCCUAGGCUCUGGGGCGCUGACACAGGUACAGAGUGAAACAGCUUCAGCAAACACAGAGGAGGAGGAGGAGGAAGAUGAUGACGAUGAUGAGGGUGAUGACGAUGAAGAAAACGUAGAGGAGCGGACGCCUGGCCUCUCCAAGAAGCGAGUAAGAGCUUCACUGUCUGACCUGUCAGGCCUUGAAGAUGUGGAAGGAAUGAGCGUGCGACAGCUGAAGGAGAUCCUGGCUCGGAAUUUUGUCAACUAUUCUGGCUGCUGUGAAAAAUGGGAGCUGGUAGAGAAAGUAAACCGGUUAUACAAAGAGAAUGAAGAAAACCAAAAGUCAUAUGGCGAGCGGCUGCAGCUGCAGGAUGAGGAAGACGACCGCCUGUGCCGUAUCUGCAUGGACGCUGUCAUUGACUGUGUCCUGCUCGAGUGCGGGCACAUGGUCACCUGCACCAAGUGUGGCAAGCGCAUGAGCGAGUGUCCCAUCUGUCGGCAGUACGUGGUGCGCGCCGUGCACGUGUUCAAGUCCUGAAGCCAGGCUCCAUCCCAGGCAUUUCAGUGUAUAGAAGCGACUGGAAACUGAGUAUUCAAAGGCUGAAACUA